AUGCCGACCAACAAUAAGCAUGUCGUCUUUGAUAUUGUAGGUACUCUCGUCACCUACGAUUCUAUCAUUGGCGCCCUAGAGACCAGACUCGGUGAUCGCCUGCGCGCCGAGGGCGUCAAACCCGCAAUGCUAGGCUACAUGUGGUUCGAAAUCUCAGAACGAGAAUAUACGUACCUGAGCAUCACCGGGCGGUAUCACCGCUUCUUUGACGUCUUCUGCAGUAUAUUCUACCGUAUGCUGUGGAUCGGCGGCAUUAAAGAGCCUAGAUCCUUCGCCUCGGAUGAGGACUUGGCUUACAUUGUCGGCCACUUCAGAGACCUCCCUUUGCGUGACGGUGCUGCUGAGUGCUUGCAGCUGCUACGGGAUGCAGGAUUCACUGUUUGGGGAUUUACUGCUGGCGACACGGAGCAGGUACGAGGGUACUUCCUUGACAACGGUAUCGACAUGCCGCUUGAGAAUUUUACCUCUUGUGAUGACGCGGGGGUUGGCAAGCCGGCCCUCAAUGCGUACAAACCCUUGCUGGAACGGUUGGGCAACGAUGAGAAAUGGUUUGCGGCAGCGCAUAUGUGGGACGCCUCGUCGGCUAGGAAGGCAGGAUACAAGGGUGCGUACUGCACUAUCCUGGAGAAGGAAGCGUGUGCAGAUAUAUUCGGCACGAUGGAUGUCAUGACUGACACUCUGCCCGAUAUGGCUCGCAAGAUCAUCCAAGUGUCCAAAAGCCAGGUUUGA